AUUAAUGAAGAAAUGUUCAGUGAUCACACAGCAAAGCAACGCAAACAGAUUCAAUUCAAUAAUUUUAAUUUCGUCAUGGGGAAUUGUAUAGCAGAUGAAAGUGUCAUUCAUGUUAAUAAUUCUACAUUUGAUCCAAACACAAUCAAUCAUACAAUUGAUGUUUAUUAUUAUCCGUUAAGUCCCCCGUCGAGAGCAGCCUUAAUGCUAAUUAAAGCACUUGGAAUUAAACAUAAUGUGAAAAUUGUAAAUAUAAUGGCUGGAGAACAAAUGAAUCCUGAAUUUUUAAAGAUGAAUCCCAUGCAUACUGUUCCUACAAUAAAUGACGGAGGUUUUAUUUUGUGGGAUAGUCAUGUUAUAAUGAAAUAUCUGGUUGAGCAAUAUGCAAAAGAUGAUAGUCUUUAUCCGAAAGACCCCAAAAAGGGAGCCAUUGUGAAUCAACGUUUGCAUUUCAAUGCCACCACUUUGUUUCCUAAAUUGCUGGAUUACUGCGUGCCCGUCAUCUUUAAUAAUGAAGAACCAGACCCCAAUAAAGCCACAAAAUUUGAAGAACUGUUGAGUUUAUUGGAUGGUUUUUUAGAUAAUAAUCAGACUUGGGUCGCUGGAGAUAAUUUAACAAUUGCUGAUUUUGCAAUAAUUACAGUUAUUGCAACAGCAGAGGCUGUGGGCUUCAAAAUUUCGAAAUAUCCAAAUGUUUUCGCUUGGUACCAAAGAGCCAAAAAUGCAAUGUCGGCCUAUGGAUACGAAGAAAUUAACCAAGCAGGUGCCAAUGGGUUCGGGAGCAUAUUUAAAAGUAAAUUAAAAUAA